GUUGGGCAUCUAUACAUCACAAAUGCUCAUCAGUCUCCAUCACUAAGGGAAAAGACCAUUUGGACACAUCUGCGACAAAGGGAGGAAGACAAUACAAUAGAACAGAUACCAAACAAAGUCCUGCCUCCUUAGUCAAAGGUCUUAAAGAUGACUGUUACAAGCCCUUUCCCAAACACCACAGAAUAUAGCUAUCUGUAUGAUGAAGGUACCUCGCCUUGCAGUGAAGGCAAUGGUUUCAGCAGGUUUAAAUCACUGUUUCUUCCAAUAGUUUACUGCCUGGUGUUCUUCUGCCUAGUGGGAAAUGCCUUGGUCAUAUGUGUACUCUUGACUAGGAAGAAAGUCACCACCAUGACCGAUGUGUUUUUGCUCAACCUUGCAAUCUCUGACCUGCUCUUUGUUGUCCCCCUCCCAUUUCAAGCUCACGAGGCUUUAGAAGAAUGGAUUUUUGGAAAUGCAGUGUGUAAAAUAAUGGCUGGCAUUUACUAUAUAGGCUUUUACAGUAGCAUUUUCUUUAUAACCCUCAUGAGCAUAGACAGGUACAUAGCAAUCGUUCAUGCUGUCUAUGCUAUGAGAGUUCGGACAGCCACGUGUGGCAUAAUUAUAAGCUUACUCCUGUGGAUGACAGCUGGUUUGGCUGCCAUACCAAAUAUGGCAUUUACCCAAGAAGUGGAAAUUGAACAGUCUCUCAAGUGUGUCCCCAAAUAUCUUCCAGGCGAAGAGACCUGGCGAUUUUUCACUCAGUUUGAAGUCAACAUCUUGGGCCUUUUGAUCCCGCUCAGCAUCCUCAUUUAUGGCUACUCCCACAACCUGAAAAAUCUGCAGAGCUGCAAAAACCGGAACAAGAUCAAAGCCAUCAAGUUGAUUUUCAUCAUCGUAGUCAUCUUUUUCCUUUUCUGGGCUCCCUUCAACAUUGUGCUUUUUCUAGACUCUCUGCAGAACUUGCACAUCAUCAACGACUGUGAGACGAGCCAAAGGCUAGCACUGGACCUGCAGCUGACUGAAUCAAUCUCCUUCAUUCACUGCUGCCUGAACCCGGUGAUCUAUGCUUUUGCUGGCGAGAUCUUUAAAGCUCACCUUAAAAAAAUAUUUCAAACCUGCAUCCGUCACAUUUCUAGUAGCAAUUCAGCCAAUCAUUCUCACUCCUGGACCACUCAAGUGUUAGGUUAUUCUGAUAGUGACAGAGUUCUGUAAAAGCUUUCCCACUCCCUACCCAGGCAUACAUUCUACCUGCGUUCAUCUAAAUACAGUGAUUGCCCUAAAACGCUUAUGAGCAUUGACUUAGUCCAGGGUUCAACCUCCGCUGUUUAUUUUUUAGGGACAGAAGAAAGUUGGUCCUGAAUUCUGACUUCCAUUCCUUCAAAAAUUGCAGCAAUUCCUCCAAACACAUGGUGUGAAAACAUCCAUCUACCCACAUGCAGGGAUCCUAUCUAGAAAUUCACACCUGAGCAGAACAUGCCAUCACCAACAUGAUCUGACACCUUUGUGGACAAUGGAAAUCGGCAGUGAAUGAAGAGCACAUAGAAUUGCUGGACUCUUAAUGUCAAUGUUUCCAUAAUACUAUGUGUUGCCUAUGCUCAGUGUCUCUUCUUCCUCGUAGUAUUUUUCUGUUUUAAAUGUGUAUUUUUCUUGAAUAAAGCAAAAUGGCAUCUUUGUAUAACUGGCUUCCUGACAGUUUCCAUAGUUUAAAAAUCUGGGGGAAGUUUACGUA